UUUCACUGACCUCCAACUGAAAUGGCGACCGGUCUAGUACAGCGAGAAGAAGCGAGGGAGCUUGAAAAAGAGAUCCUUGAUUUAGCGAGGAGGGCUUUUGAGCCCAUAAAACCCCUAGAACCAUUGGAGUCCAUAGCAGACAUCAGACCAUCACAUUUCUUCCGGCUGUUUGAGAUUGUAUCAGGAGAAACCAUUCCAGGAUGGCGUGCAUGUCGAAACAGACGACAGGUGACCAGCAUGUGUCAGUUUCUCAUAAACACACUGGAGGACGAUGUAUUCGGACUUCCCCUGGAUCAUAUCACCGGGGAGGCAAUCGCAGAGGGAGACCCACGCAGUCUGAAGGAUCUACUCGAAAUUUUCUGUGAAAUCACGGACGAGUUCAACAAGAGACUGCCUCUGGCUGACAUAUCAAUAUCAGAUUUACAUAUAUCGGAGAAAACUCCAGAUGAAAGAUGUCAAGAACUGAAAAUCGCCAAAGACAUUAGGGCGGAUCCAGGAUUUAUUCCCCCUGAAAUCAGAAGACUUCUGACGCGAAUCAACAACGACGCGGAGACCAUAGCACAGUACAGUCAAAGCUGUGGUCUAAUGGACGCGUUACAGUCCAGUCAGCGUAUAAAGGAAAUUUUCACCCAGACGACGCCAAUACCGAUGACGUCAUCAGUGACCAGUCCAAUCACCUGGGAUUAUAUACUGAAGGCAACGAAGCUCCAGGAAGCCGAAAAGUUACAGUGCAAACCAAGUCUCUCGAAGCCUGUAACUAGAAAGCCUAUCCCCAAAGCCAAGGUUUCUGGCCCCAUCACAAAAGCCCGAGGACUACAGAGGCCAAUGGGACCAAAAAAGGUCAUAAAACCCAAACCGAUCUUGGGGUCCAUUCUUCGACGAAACAGCUCUUCAGUUGUCACAAAGGCAAACCAUAACUCGCCCUCAAAGGGAAGCCCUGUCAGUCUGCUCAGACUAAUGGAACACACGGAGAAAGUCGUGAGUCGGCGGCGGGAAAUAGCACGGGAGAUAAAAAAGUUACAAAAUGAAGAAAACUUUUUGAAGACAACAGAGGCAAUUUUGAAAAAAGAACUUCGAUUUCUGCAACAACAGAGACCCCAGGCCCCAGCAAGAACACUUCAAAGGCUGAAGACACGGAAGUGACAUUCGUGUACGGGAAGUUUAUGCGCUUCCCGGGUGUGGUGCAUGAAUGAGGGAAACCAUGUAAAGAGUGAUUUCAGCAAGUCUUGCCGCUAUAUACGGUGUGAAAAAAUGUAAUCAGUGAAUUUAUCAGUUAUAAAUAUAUGUUUCACGUUG